GGGGCGAGGUAGCUGAGAGUGGCCCCCUAGUGGGGCCAUGGAGAAGCAGGAAAGUCUGGGGGCUGCUGGCGGCCUCAGUGGAGAAUCCCCUGGUGGGGGUAUCAGGGGGGUGCCAGGAGGCAUCGGAGGGGUCGAGUCAGGCGCCGGCUUCCUCUCCGGAGUAACCAUGUUUCACGGUUCUGGGCCUCCCACGCACAAUGGGGGAACCAUAAUUCGCAGUCCUGAUUCUAGCCAGCCCUCCGGAGGGACAGCAGUCCUCGGUUCCGGGCUCAACCAGCAUCCUGGGGAAGUCGCGGGCCACAGCUUUGGGGCCGGUACACAACCUGACGGGUUUAAUCCCCACUUCCCUGGAACCAGUGUAUCCGGGAUGUUCAACCCGGGGUCCGGGGGGUCUGGGGUGUACGACUCGGCAAACAUUCCGCUAUCCGAGUCAACUUGCAUGCGCCAAGACAGACCCUGUGAGGACCGGCCCCGGAGCAUCCUAAAAAACAGCAGCUCCAUCACGGUGCACAAAUCCCCCGGGGCGGAGAGGAGAAAGUCUCAGCACUGGGAUGAAAUGAAUAUCCUGGCCACCUACCACCCUGCUGACAAGAACUAUGGCUUUAUGAAGGUGGAUGAGCCCAGCACUCCCUUCCACAGGCUGCAAGACAGCGAUGAAGACCUGCUUGCCGGGACCUCUCACACAAUGACUCCUGAGAAGUUAGCAGAGAGGUUUGCAACAGUGGACAGUUUCUGCCCCAAGGUCCUGUACAGUGAUAACAGAAGCUCGGGGUCUUCAGACAGCUUUUCCAAGACACAAUCCGAUGACUUUGAAAAGCGCCGCAAGGCACACUACAAUGAAGGAAAGUUCCUGAAAACUCAGAAAAACCCUCCCUUGGAUAAUAGCAAGAACAGCAGUGUGGGUAGUGUGAGUAUGAGCAGUGGCGGCCGAGGUGUGAUGCUGGACUCAGAGCCCAGGCCUGUGGAAAGAGGUGGGGCAGGAAGAAUGACUGCAGGAGUCAAAGACCAGAUUGGCCUGGUGGCCAGAAACCACAUCCUAGAAGCCAAAGGUGCCCUUAUGACUCAGAUUGAUUUGGAUGAUUCCUCAGCUUCCCCUGCCUUCAGAAAUCUGUCCCCAACUUCAUCCACCACUGUGGUGUUGCAGAAGGAAAUUGAUCUGCAGCGCAAGGAGUAUUACAGCAAAGGAAGAUACCUGAGGUGCUGGUCCCACCCUGAGCUUGAGGAGGACACAGAAGAUGAGCAGCAGAGCAGCUCCACAAACUUGAACUGGGUGAUUGAGAGUCCCAUGAGCACUGAGGUCCGUCUGCUGGACCACACGGGAAGCUCCUCCCAGGAUUUCCAGGCCACCGAGAGCUCCCGGAAGGUGAUAGUGACAUCAUCGAAGCCUGGUACUGCCCUGUCCUCCAAAGACAGUGGGUCCCGAGCAAUGUCUGACUGGUGUCAGUGGCUGGUAUCCAAGGGGCUGAACUGGCAAAGCAUGGGAGGCUCAGAGAGGGAACCUGGAAGUCAUCCAAACUUCACAAACCAAAGCCAGCACAGACAUGAAACCCUGCGGCUCCAGUGGACUCAGGAGGAGGAAACCAGACAAUGGAAACUGUAGCCAGCUGGGGAUGGGGUGGGAGCUGACUUUCCCUGCCCUCACCACCCUCGGUCAAUCGGGGUAGACAAUAAAGAGAAGAGCAGGA